AUGUCAUCGAAUGCUGCCGACGUGGUGCCCUCACAGGCGGACGACUCCUUUGAGCUAUACGACCUCCGGGUCGAGGUGGUGUGCCCGGAAGGGGAGAGGAUCAUGUGCGGUGCCAGGGAGGGAGACUACUUCACGCUCGAGGGCGAGAUGAUGUACCUGCCUCCCGGACAGGGGAUCAGCAUCUACAGCUUGGCAUCCGUCCUCCCCCUCCUGGCAGCAAAGCAGCGCGUGACACAUGCCAACGACUGGAUGACAUCGGACGCCCUGAUUGCUUGCCCUGAUCCGAAUUGCAAGUCUAAGUUGCGGAUAUCGCGGACGGGGAAGAGGAGGUUCAGCCAUGCUGAGACGACCGUCGUGGGAUUCGAGGGGAACAAUUAA